AUGUCGAGCAAGCGCAGAACCAGGUCUUCUUCCGUCGCUUCCGGUGAUUCAGCUCCGAACAAGUCCAGGAGAACGGUAGAUUCGAGGAGUCCCGUCGUUGAAGAAGUCUUAGCAACUUCCUCUGCUGUAAAAGACGAGCAAAUUAGCUUUGUGGAUGCUUCUCCUUUGACACCUGACGAAGAUGGAGGGCCUAACUCUAGAUUCGUGGGAGAUCCAAUUCCCGACGAAAAAGCUAGGCUACGUUGGCCACAUCGGUAUCAGCAGGAGCACGCUAUAGUGGUGUUAUCUGCGGCGCAGUCGCUAGCUGCCACUGCCGCCCCCGCGGGGUGUUUGACAAAGAAACAAUCCGCUGGGUCAAAAUCAAACAGAAACGUAGACGAGGAGAUUCUUCAGGCUCGACGUCACUACACACAGGCGGAAGUAGAUGGAUCUAUGCUGUAUAAACUUUAUGAUGAUGCCCAUGUUAAAGCAGAGGAAGGAGAGGACAAUUAUAUUUGUAAAAUUGUUGAGAUGUUUGAGGCAGUUGAUGGGACAUUGUAUUUUACGGCACAAUGGUAUUACAGGGCAAAAGACACAGUCAUUAAAAACCUUGCAUAUCUUAUUGAACCAGAACGAGUUUUCUUUUCAGAAGUCCAAGACGACAACCCAUUGGAUUGUCUUGUUGAAAAGUUAAACAUUGCCAGAAUACCCCUAAAUGUAGAUUCAUAUGCUAAGAAGGAAACUCUUCCAGCUUGUGAUUAUUAUUGUGAUACACAAUAUCUCUUGCCGUACUCCACAUUUGUCUACUUACCAUCAGAAUGUAGGGAAAUUGGUAGUGAGACUUCAUCAACAAUAUCAUCUGAGACUGAGGGAAAUGGGAAAUCUGAAGUGAACUCUGUAUUUAAGGAAGGUUUUCUUCCUGAAGAAAAUAAAGAUCCUGAGCUGAAGUUGCUAGAUUUAUAUUGUGGUUGUGGAGCAAUGUCAACUGGUUUGUGUCAAGGUGGAGUUUUAUCUGGCGUGAACCUUUAUACUAAAUGGGCAGUGGAUUUGAAUGGAUAUGCUUGUAAAAGUCUUAAGUUAAACCAUCCUGAUACUGAGGUUAGAAAUGAAUCAGCAGAAAAUUUUCUUUCAUUAUUGAAAGAGUGGCAAAGAUUAUGUAGCUACUUCUCUCUGGUUGAAAAGAAGGUACCAGAUGAGUACUAUGUGGAUCUUUUUAGUGAAGAGGAUGAUGGCACUUGUAGUAAUGAUGAAAAAAGUGAUGAUGAAAAUGAUGAUGAUGAUGAUGAUGAUGAUGAUGAAGUAUUUGAAGUAUCUGAACUCCUAGCUAUAUGCUAUGGUGAUCCUAAUAAGAGAAAAGAUCAAGCGUUAUAUUUCAAGGUUCGGUGGAAGGGUUAUGGACCUGAUGCAGAUACUUGGGAGCCAAUUCAAGCUCUAAGUAACUGCAAAGCAAGGGUAAAGGAUUUUGUCAUUCGAGGCUUCAACUCAAAGAUAUUGCCUUUGCCUGGAGAUGUUGAUGUAAUAUGUGGUGGACCUCCUUGCCAAGGUAUUAGUGGUUUCAACCGCUUUCGAAACAAAGAGAACCCUUUGGAGGAUGAGAAGAACAAACAACUAGUUGUUUUCAUGGAUAUUGUUCAAUAUCUUCAACCCAAAUUUGCAUUGAUGGAAAAUGUGGUUGAUAUUGUAAAAUUUGCAAAUGGUUUUCUUGGGAGAUAUGCACUGGGUCGUCUCUUACAAAUGAAUUAUCAAUGUCGUUUGGGAAUUAUGGCUGCAGGUGCUUACGGGCUUCCUCAGUUUCGUUUGCGUGUCUUCAUAUGGGGGGCUGCACCUUCUCAGAAGUUGCCUCAAUUCCCACUUCCCACUCAUGAUGUUAUUGUAAGGGGUGUUAUUCCUUUGGAGUUUGAGAUAAACACAGUUGCAUAUGAUGAAGGACAUAAUGUUCAACUACAAAGAAAGCUGUUGUUGGAAGAUGCUAUUUCCGACCUCCCUUUGGUUAAGAAUAAUGAAGGUUGUGAUGAAAUGAAAUAUAGCAAACCAGCCCAAACAGAGUUUCAGCAAUUCAUUAGAUUAACCAAAACUGAAAUGUUGGGGUUUUCAAGUGGAACUAAAUUGCCCAAGUCCUUGAUUUAUGAUCAUCGCCCACUAGAAUUAAAUUCCGAUGAUUUUCAACGUGUGUGUCAGAUCCCAAAAACGAAGGGUGGAUGCUUCAGAGAUUUACCAGGUGUUCUUGUGCGAGCUGACAAUAAGGUUGAAUGGGAUCCUAAUGUUGAACGUGUUUACCUGGAUUCAGGAAAACCAUUGGUUCCGGAUUAUGCCAUGUCUUUUGUGAAUGGAACAUCAUCAAAGCCUUUCGCUCGGUUAUGGUGGGAUGAAACUGUUCCAACCGUUGUAACAAGAGCAGAACCUCACAAUCAGGCAAUUUUACAUCCAGAGCAAGAUAGAGUGUUGACAAUUCGUGAAAAUGCAAGACUCCAAGGAUUUCCAGACUUUUAUAAGCUAUGUGGGCCUGUGAAAGAAAGGUACAUUCAAGUUGGGAAUGCAGUUGCAGUUCCAGUAGCUCGAGCUUUGGGAUACACACUAGGUCUUGCAUUUCAAGGCUCUGUAAGUGACGGGGCAUUAUAUAAAUUACCUGAUAAAUUUCCCUUGAUCAGGGAUCGGGUUUCUUCUGUAUCUUCCGAAGAUAUUGUGUAA